CAUAUACUUGAUGGCGAUUGGUUGCAACUCAGUUAAACUUCACCGUGCAGGUUUGUGUGUGGUCACGCAGUCUUGGCAAUCAAAUCUGUAACUCUGGACCAAUCAGCAUCGGGACUUUGCCGUAGUGGGCGGGACCACAUCACUUCCUCACGCAGUGGGAUAGUUUCCUCCUGGUCGCUGCUAGCAACCUGCAGCCUAUAACUUCUCUUCUCCAGUCUCUUGUCAGUUUUUAAGCUGAGCUUCUUUCAACAUGUGUGCGAGGAUAAGGCCGGGUGGACGGUGAGCGCAGCGCGGCCCUCCGCUCGGUGUUUCCCCGGCUGCAUGGUGCUCUCCGACGCCCGGGGUUGCGGUUUGGCCUCCAGCCGCGGCUGCGAAUGAACUUCAUUUCUCAGCGUCACUCAGCUCUGUUUAUUUUAUAAAGAUGGCGGUGAGGGGGACACUGUGAACUAAAUGACUGUCAGAAACAUCGCCUCCAUUUGUAAUAUGGGCACCAAUGCCUCCGCUCUGGAGAAAGACAUCGGCCCAGAGCAAUUCCCAAUCAAUGAGCACUACUUUGGAUUGGUCAAUUUUGGAAACACAUGCUACUGUAACUCGGUGCUGCAGGCCCUCUACUUCUGCCGGCCUUUCCGGGAGAACGUGCUGGCCUACAAAGCCCAGCAGAAGAAGAAGGAGAACCUACUCACAUGCUUGGCUGACCUCUUCCACUCCAUUGCCACGCAGAAGAAGAAAGUGGGCGUCAUCCCGCCCAAGAAGUUCAUCUCCCGGCUACGAAAGGAGAACGAUCUGUUCGACAACUACAUGCAACAAGAUGCCCACGAAUUCCUCAACUAUCUGCUGAACACGGUAGCUGACAUCCUGCAGGAGGAGAAGAAGCAGGAAAAGCAGAACGGACGCCUGAAGAACAACGGCACAGCUGUCACCACUGAGGCCGAGAUGGAGAACAAGGCUGAGCCCACAUGGGUUCACGAUAUCUUCCAAGGCACGCUGACCAAUGAGACGCGCUGCUUGAACUGUGAAACAGUAAGCAGCAAAGAUGAGGAUUUUUUGGAUCUUUCUGUAGAUGUGGAGCAGAACACAUCAAUAACACACUGUCUCAGGGACUUCAGUAACACAGAGACGUUGUGCAGUGAAUACAAAUACUACUGUGAAACAUGCUGCAGCAAGCAAGAAGCACAGAAACGGAUGCGUGUGAAGAAACUUCCUAUGAUCCUGGCUCUACACCUGAAGAGGUUCAAGUACAUGGAGCAGCUGCACCGCUACACUAAGCUCUCUUAUCGGGUAGUUUUUCCACUAGAACUCCGCCUUUUCAACACAUCUGGGGAUGCCGUAAACCUGGAUCGCAUGUACGAUUUGGUGGCAGUGGUGGUUCACUGUGGAAGCGGCCCAAACAGAGGUCAUUACAUCACCAUUGUGAAGAGCCACGGCUUUUGGCUACUGUUCGACGAUGACAUAGUGGAGAAAAUCGAUGCCCAGGCCAUUGAGGAGUUUUACGGGCUUACCUCGGACAUUUCCAAGAACUCUGAGUCAGGAUACAUCCUCUUCUACCAGUCAAGGGAGUGACGCUGGUGCUAGAUCAGUGACAGAGAAAAGGCUGAAUUUUUUGUUUUUUUUAACCUUUAGCAUAAGAGACCCAGACUUUCCACAUCCACUUCCUGCUCCUCCAACCACUCCGACAAGUGUGCCAAUCCUCUUCUGGGUUUUAUAUUUUCUUUGCCUCUACUUCUCUCUCUCUGUGUUAACAGACUUUUGUCUUUUAGUCACCUGCAUCUGGACUGCACUUUAAAAAGCAAAAAUGCUCAACAGCAUGAAAGCAGUUAAGCAGGAGCUUGGUGUUGCUGCUGGGAGAGACCUACAAAUGUGAUUUUUCUACCAGAAACCUAAUAGACUGGUGGGGAGAUAUACAGACAGUAGUCAGAAACUGUACCAUAUCAGAUAUAAUUAUGGAAGGUCCAUAAUGUGCCACCCAGUCAUAAUUCCUCUCAUUAGGGCUAUUUUACCCAUUGUUCUCAUCAACUUUUUAUUUCUUUUAGCGGCUGCAGGAGACGGUAAGAUUCACAGAGAAAACUCUGCACUUCAAAAGGAUCUGAAGCAAUAUCUGAACAUUAAUCCAAAACUACGUUAACUGUAACAUAUUAGUUGAACACGAUACGAUCAGAACUUGUAACACUAACGGAGCCACAAACUCUUAACUGCACAUUCUUUUUAGAGAUGCACCGAUCAGGCUUAACCGGGCCAGUACUGAUUAGCUCUGGCCUGCUAUUCUAAUAUUGACAUAAUCUGUUUUUAAAACACAAGACUUAGAGCACCAAAAUCAGGAAGUGUGCUGCAGAUUCCCCGACAGAGGUAGCAGUUUUGAUUGCCACUGAAAAUAAGAAUUGCAUAAUCAUCCCCGUUUUGGUAUCAAAGCAUUCGCAUGUCCCUAACUUUUAACGGUUUUUAUAAAACUCAGAAAAUGCAUCAGGGUGUGUUGUUGGUUGAAAUGGAUAGAAAAUUGCGGUCGUUCUUAGUUUUGAUGCAUUUAUUCACCGAUUAGAGGUGAUUUAGAGAACAUCGCCCAGUUCCAUCCUCUUGCCGAUUGAUUGGUGCAUCUCUAAUUAUUUUCCCAUCAGACGGAUGUCUGGAAUCAGCUGAAUCUUUGUUUUUUAUUUCAACAGGUACCCACUAUUUAUUGAAAUUAUUUUAUUUAUUGUGAUGUUUUUUUCAUGCUGACUGAUACAUGAUGGUGUGUGUUAAAUGUUGUCUAAGCUCCCUGUGUUACACAACCUAAAGUUUGUGGCGUAAAAAGAUUAAUUAGGAGACGCAUUCCACAACAGUAAAACCUCUUAGUUGGUUUGAGAAAGCUAGUGCAAUAUGUGAUGUUAGUACCCAAUGUAGAAUUUCCUUAUAUAAGAGAGCAUUUGCAUCUGUUUUGGAUUGAUUUGUUUAUUCGUUAAUCAUUUUCUAGUUUUGUGUAUCUGCUGUAUCAGAGUACAGUGGAUCUCAAAAGUCUACCUGCUUGUUAAAAUGGCAGGGUUUUGUACGUGGUUGAUAAGGGAUUUUAAAAGAUUUGCCCCUAUAAUCCAAUGACAACCUAUACAAAUCAACACAAAAAGAAAUGCUUUUGUUUGAGAUUAAAAUAUUAGGAAUAAAAAACCACCAACAACCUGGUUGAGUAAAUGUGCACACACCUUUGUACCUAUACUUUGAUGAUGCACCUUUACACUGAAUUUAGACAUUCAGUCUUCUGUACCAGGAGGCUGUUGGCAUGCCGCAUCAUGACUCAGUAACACCAACCCUCUCUACGUUGCAAUAGUUAGACAUUUUUUAGAAAUUAAAGAGAUACAAUUAUUUUUCUUUUUUUUUUUAAGCUAUGAAAAGCUUUUGGAUUUUAAGGUGUUUUGAAGGGUUACCGUACAGCUUAGAGGGGCAUUAUUAUUGUGGGAGUUUUAGCAAUUAAUUCACCUGUUGAACACAACUUUAACAGUUCAAACGUGAGCGCAAAUAACCUAAUGUGAAGGCCUACCACCUUCCUCGACAGUUAUUUACAGCCAGUUGAAGGCUUCUUUCCAUGCUGGAUCUAUGCCAGACCUCCGUUUCUUCUGCUUGUUAAGCCCUCUAACAGCAGAAAUUACGUCCUUGUCUAUGACUGACAUGUCAUUUUGCUCCUCGCCAUUAGUGGAAUGACUGUCACCCGAUUUGUGGUUAGCAGCUACCGGAAGAACGUUGUGAUAUUCUGGUAUACGCUGUUUAUUCGCCCACCCUUCGAAGCUGACAUGAUUUUAGAAAGCUUUACUGUUAGCUGUCGCACAGGGACAUAGGAUGAAAGGAAGUGGGAACAGACACAGAAAUGAUACGCUCAUAAAAAAUGAGCGUAUCAAUUUCAGCCUAACGGUGACAACUUUCAGCUUAGCAGGGCGCUGGCGAGAACCCUGCUCACUGUUGUCCCAUAUAGUCUCUAAUAAUGGAUGACUGGUUUCACUACACUACGGAGCACUUUUUUGUACUCUUCUCAAGACUGGUACGAUGGUACAGUUAUUUUGUUACCUCUCCGUCAACGAUGAUGAGCUAAUUUAGGAAAAUUAAUUCUUCAAAAGAUCUGCAGUUCCUGUUAGCUUAUUCUGACUCUACGGCAGAUGCGUUUAAGACAUGCUGAAAUUGAAUCAAAAUGGGCUUUAAUAAAGUAUUAGUUUAAGGUUGGACCCAUUUUUGCAAACACGUUAUUAAAGCUUUUGUCACGUUUCUUUUUCAGUUGAAUCAUACAGGAUAUAUGUCACAUAAAGGUGGGAAUAAUGUUGACAUCAGUUAUAAUAGCCUGACUUUUACAUCUAAAAGUUGUCAUUUUGUUGGGGGGGGAGGUGCACUUUUGAGAUCCACUUAAAUGAUUUUCUUUAACACAUCCCACCUAUUGGGAAAUAACUACAAUCGUUUCAAUACUGCACAUAGAUUUCUUUUCCUUUUUCCUACAUUACACACCAGCUCCCUUGUUUCAUCUUGGCUUGUCUGAGGUUUUUAUAUGUAGCACACUAGAAUCCUAAAGGUUAAGGAUCCUUGUGAAUCCUUUGGACUGUAGAUUUUCCUCCAUUAGGAGUUUUGUUUUGGCUAUUUCUUGUAGAUUAUUUUAAGAUCAAGCAUUUUUUAUGUUUUUGACAUUCCUGUUUGCUGCACGUGAGAGGGAAUCAACAUUUCACACAUCAUAAUUAAGAGGUAGGAUCAUUUAUUAGAUUAGAUUAGUCUGGAUGUUUGGUACACUCGGUCAUGCUCUCUCUUGCUCUCUUGAGUGGAUGAAAACGUGCCAAAUUGGAUUUAGUACUGACUUUGGAGCCAUUAUUAUUUUCUUCUUGAAGACACACUUGCAUUCUUAUAAAUUAUGUAGAAGAGUACCUCUAGGACAAGGAAAUAUUUUUUUAGAUAAAGAUCUCUAAAUGGCAAAGAAUAAGCUCGCUGUUUUACAAUCACAACUACAUCAAAGGAAUGUGCCGAUGCUCACAUUUGUCACAUUGUUCUAAUAACUGGGUUCAGACUAAAAAACUGUCAGGAACAUAUUUGAGGAUAACCAGACUCGUAACAUGCUGAGCUUCCAUUAACUUAUGCACUCUUCCUCACUGGGAUGCUCAGUUAUUUCCUCUGUGUGUGUGUCUUGUUGUCCUACUAAAGACCUGCACCAUGUUGGACAUGACUGAGUGUCUGUGAGGGGAAAGAGGAGACAACUAGGAGUCUCCAUGUGGCAGUUAAUUGAAAGUGCACUUUAUUAGUGACGAGCUUCUAUGCUUUAACAAGAUGAACCACAGUGUAACACCCUCACAAUGACUUUUUCUUUUUGUUCAAUAAAAUUAUGAACCGAC